AUGGCAGCUCACUUAUUGGAAAAUGGUGAAGUGGGUACCAUUGGAAAGCUCUGUAUCUGUCCAGAACCUGCAGAUGAGUCAACUUCGACAGAGAUUUGUGAUCAGCUCAGAAAGAAUUGGGUUGUGAACCAUAUAUCACUGCCUCCCAUCUCUUUCUUCACUUUUUCAUUCCUCAAAAUCCCCGCCGCUUCGAAACCCGCCCACACCAUCGUCCACCCUAGCUUCCUCCUCCCCAUGCUUCUGCAAGAUCGAGCUCCACAACCUCCCCCUCUAGACCGCCGUCGUCCCCUGCCUCUUACCGCGGACCCAAACCCUCAACGCCAACACCGGCCACGGAGUACUCGCUGCUACUUUCCACCUCAGCAAGUCCGAUCUAGACUAAGUCACGUCCAAGUCCAUCUUCUCCGGCUCCAUCUGUGGAGUAAGAGAUCCAGCUCUGGAGAUUGUGGAGGUGGUGAUAACAACGCCUUCAUCUUUCCAAAUAAGACAAGCGGGAAAAAGAAGGGCACCGCUCAGGAAAACAACGACACCCAAGAUGACCAAAUCACAAUAAAAGAAGUUGUAAAGUUGGAGGAGGAAAAGGAAAAAGCCCAUUUGCUUUUUAAGAGCAUUGAAGCCUUAGGUUGGAUAGCUGUAAUGACACAAGUUUUGGAAGGGUUGGUGCAUUUACAUGAACAAGGUGUUAUCCAUCGGGAUAUCAAGGGUGCAAAUAUUUUGACAACUAAAGAGGGCCUUGUGAAACUUACUGAUUUUGGUGUUGCUACUAAAUUGACUGAAGCAGAUGUAAAUACACAUUCACUUGUUGGAAUGCCGUACCAUAGGUAUUUCUUUGCUGCACUUUGAGCCAAAUUUAACAACGGUUUGGGUAUAGGAUAAAAGAUCAAACGGGGAUUCAGCAUUAAUUUUAUCAAGAAAAAAAGAGUCUAUUUCUGUCAUGCUUUUUGAUUUUUCAGCACUGAUUUUGCUAAUAUGUAAGCUGCACUGCAACAGUUGCACAAUCAUUUAUGCCAUAAUGUAUUGGUACAACCUUGUAGGUUGAUGACUUGUAAUCAUGAACAACUGUACAUGAAUAGUACUGCUUGGGAUAUUGAUGAGGUUCUGACUGUGUGGGCUAGGCACGUCUUCAAGUUUAAACCUACCUAAAUUGUACACAUGUCUUUAAUUUGGGUUUUGGACAUAUAUAUACAUCUUAAACCCUUAAUAGUUAGCCUUGUCUAUGUUGGUA